AUGGCAGCGGAGAACAAGCGGCAGAGCACUGGAGGGAAAGGCCCUGUUGCGUCGGGCCUUGGGCCGUCGGGUACUGUCGCGAUGGAGAUGGCUUUGUGUGGAGCCAUUGGUGCCCGUAUCCGCGUCACUACUACAUCUCCAACCUCCACAACGCACGAGGGGACUCUCUUCACCGCAUGUCCCAUCACCAAUCUUAUCGCAAUCAAUACAUCUCCCCCUCCACCAACACCAAUGACCUCCGGCACUCCUGCCCUCUCCCAUCCAAGCGACUAUCACAUAAUCCCCAUAUCCCGUAUCCACAACUUUCAACUACUCUCCUUACCCCCACACUCUACAUCAUCAAGUCCCACCGAGCAAAACCCAUCCUUCACCAACGCGUACCCUUCCAUCUACCCUCUCGAUAUCCGCGCCCUAAAGAAUCGGGAAGCGGCUGCUAUUGCCAAACUCCAUGAGCGCGAACAACGGCGCGGGAAGGGGGUUAGCAAGGAAGCCCAGGAUCUCUUCGAUGCGUUUAGCAGGACAAUGCCUGCGCGCUGGGAUGGCACGAGCAUUGUCGUGGCUGAUACUGUGAUCAUUUCUAAGCCGUAUCACAUUGAUAACUGCCGCUCUCUAACGACUGAUAACGGCGGGGUGAGCGCGGCGCUGACGAGAGUUAGGAAAGUGCUUGAGAUGGAACGCAAGAAGAUCGAACUCCGGAGCGCCAGCGCCGCAAUUGCCAAUUCCAGCCACUUCUCCCAUCAGUCUCGCAAUAGUAAUACCGCUAAUAACCAUCAUACAAAUGCAAAUGCGAACACGAAUAACUCCUCCACCUCCACAUCCAGGGACCGCGAUCGAAAUGCAAAAGCAGCCGCCGUAGCGCUUCCCAUCACCAAUAACAACGCCACCAAUAAUGGAGCCCGGUCAUCGACACCCGGAACGACUACUACUACUAACCAGAGGAAAGGCGGUUAA